CUGAGCCUUCUCGAAGUCAAGUAACAGGGAAGCUAAUUGCUCUAUAAACAGAAACGAUUACUUUUCUUUUCUUCUUAAGUCUUUCUUUUUAAGUCAAGGGGGCGCAUUUUGUCACAGUCCCAUUCGCGGAUAACAACUGACCAGCAGUGAUGAGCUUUUUUGGUUUUGGUCAGAGUGCGGACGUCGAUAUAGUUCUCAAUGAUGCCGAAGCGAGGAAGAAAGCUGAGCAUAAAAGCGAGGACGGCAGGAAGGACAAAUAUUUUCUCUUCUACGACGGGGAAACUGUGUCGGGAAAGGUGAACGUCACGCUCAAGCACCCGGGCAAGCGGCUGGAGCACAACGGAAUCAAGAUGGAGUUUGUUGGCCAGAUAGAGCUCUACUACGACAGGGGAAACCACCACGAGUUUGUGUCUCUGGUAAAGGACUUGGCACGACCAGGGGAGCUCACGCAGUCGCAGACGUUUGACUUUGAGUUUACACACGUGGAAAAGCCCUAUGAGGCUUACACUGGCCAGAACGUCAAAUUACGCUAUUUUCUGAGAGCCACAGUGAGCCGCAGACUGAGCGACAUCAGCAAAGAGUUGGACAUUGUGGUUCACACACUCAGCACUUACCCCGACAUCAAUUCCUCCAUCAAGAUGGAAGUCGGCAUUGAGGACUGUCUACACAUAGAGUUUGAGUACAAUAAAUCCAAGUAUCACCUAAAAGAUGUGAUUGUAGGCAAGAUUUACUUUUUACUCGUGCGGAUUAAAAUCAAGCACAUGGAGAUAGACAUCAUCAAGCGAGAAACAACUGGCACCGGGCCCAACGUCUACCACGAGAACGAUACCAUAGCCAAGUAUGAAAUCAUGGACGGCGCACCAGUCAGAGGAGAGUCCAUCCCCAUCAGGCUGUUCUUAGCAGGCUACGAGAUAACGCCCACCAUGAGGGACAUUAACAAGAAGUUUUCAGUGCGCUACUACCUCAACCUGGUCCUCAUCGAUGAGGAGGAGAGACGGUAUUUCAAACAGCAGGAAAUCACCCUAUGGAGGAAAAGUGACGUUGCAAGGAAGAGCAUGUCUCAUCAAGCCAUCCUCGCCUCGCAACGCUUCGAGAGCUUGUCCAACCCUGAAAAAAUCCAGGCUAAUGAAGAGGACGGCUAAAGCCCAGCCCACUUGUGGCAGAAAGUUGUGAAUAUGAAUAUCAUUUGUGUGCGUCAGGAGAGAAUGUGCCGUACCGUUUUGCUGUGCAAGUGUGUGUCGGGGGAACAAGACAAGCUCAAAUUGCUAUGUUAUUGUAUUUGCUUGUUUCGAACACAUUUA